AUGUCAUGUGGCUGGGAAUCGACUCUCAGUUUGUCUCCAGGUGCAGGCUUCCCUAGCAAGGACUUCACGCAUGCAGCAAGUGAAACCGGAUCAACGUCAUUUCUCUUCCGUUACGCCAUGGGUCUCAUCCCUGCUGCAAGCGAGGAUCCAGGAACUUAUACCGUCAAGUACAAGCAGGAUGUGGCCAAGUUCUUAACGAUACUGGACAUGGACGUAUCCUCAUUCAGACAUUACUCCCGUGAUUCUACAGCGAGUAACUUACCUGCCUGUCCCGAGACCCUUGAGGAGUUGACAUUAGUUGAUGAUGGCCCGAUUUAUCUUCCUGAAAUUAGGCGCUGUCGAGGAGUCGAGCCACAUGAACUCUACAUAUGGCUCCAGCCUACCAAGCGUCUUCGGAAGCUCCGACUGUACAGCGGACUCGACAUCGAUGGAUUGAGCGUGAGACUUUUCAUUACCCAAGGAUGGGGCUUGUUCAGCCAAAGUCACAACAUCAACACCAUCCUGCUCGCGCACCGAGAAACGCUCCAGCACUUUGAGUGGUGUCAGAUGAUGGCAUCUCGGAAAACCGACAAUGCAGCCUGGGUCAAGAUGUUUGGGCAAGAUCAAAAGCUGUCGUGUCUUCCACAGCUGAAAGAGUUGAGAUAUCUGAAGCUGUCAGACAUGUUCGUCUACACCCGUCAGCAGUACGUGGAUCGAUACCCGCGCGCUGCGAGGGACGGCGUGUAUCCGGCUGUGCGGGAUCUUCGCGGUUAUCGGGCGGUACUCACACAUAAUCUGACAGAACUGGGGGCACCGCCGAAGCUGCGUUCAGUUUAUGUGGGAGGACAUUUACCGACUGAUCGGUAUAUGAGGAUUGACCUUUAA